AUGAUAAUGAACAACCAAACUGUCAUCUCCCAGUUCCUCCUCCUGGGCCUGCCUAUACCCCCAGAGCACUGGCAUCUGUUCUACACCCUACUCCUGGCCAUGUACCUCACCACCAUCCUGGGGAACCUCAUCAUCAUCAUCCUCAUUCUACUGGACUCCAAUCUCCACAUACCCAUGUACUUGUUUCUCAGCAACUUGUCCUUCUCUGAUCUCUGCUUUUCCUCUGUUACAAUGCCCAAAUUGCUCCAGAACAUGCAAAACCAGGACACAUCCAUCACCUACACAGGUUGUCUAACACAAAUGUAUUUUUCCAUGGUUUUUGCAGGCAUGGAAAUCUUCCUUCUUGUAUCCAUGGCUUAUGACCGCUAUGUGGCUAUCUGCCUUCCACUCCACUAUACCAGCAUCAUGAGUCCCAAGUUUUGUGUGUGUCUAGGGAGUCUCUCCUGGGUAUUUAAUGUGCUAUAUUCUAUGUUGCACACCUUACUCUUGGCUAGAUUGUCAUUCUGUAAGGACAAUGUGAUCCCACACUUUUUCUGUGACAUAUCUGCUCUGCUCAAGUUAGCGUGCUCUGACACAUAUAUUAAUGAAUUAAUGAUAUUUAUCUUGGGAGGGCUCCUUAUUGUCAUCCCAUUCUUACUCAUUGUUAUGUCCUAUGUACAAAUUGUCUGCUCCAUUCUAAAGGUUCCAUCUACUCGGGCUAUCUACAAGAUCUUUUCCACCUGUGGCUCCCACCUGUCUGUGGUGUCACUGUUUUAUGGGACAGUCAUUGGUCUAUACUUAUGUCCAUCAGCUAAUAACUCUACUGUGAAGGAGACUGUCAUGGCCAUGAUGUACACGGUGGUGACUCCCAUGCUGAAUCCCUUCAUCUACAGCCUGAGGAACAGAGAUAUAAAGGAGGCCCUUGUAAGAGUCCUUAUCAAGAAAAAAAUAUCUUUAUAA